UGAAUUAAUUGCUAAUUUUAAUAGAACUAUGCCGGUUAGAUCAACAGAAGCUCACCGAGCACUAGAACAACUCGAAGCCUUUCAUGCAGCCUUGACUCGUCCAUCCGACUCCGAUUUGCGUUGUGCCAUUGAAAGGGUUAUUGGCCUUUUCAAAACUAAUUUGUUUCAAGCUUUGUUAGAUAUUCAAGAUUUUUAUGACAAUACUUUAAUAAAUGAAAGAGUGCCUUUAGACUUGAAAACAUUGGAAACAAAAAAACUUGCAGAAAAAUGGGAAACAAACCCUCCAUUUUCAACAGGAAAAUCGUCAUUAUUUGGAGAAGGACAACAACGCCGUCCCUUUCCCCCUCCAAUAUUUCCUUCUACUUAUGCUGCAACAAGUAAUGGUUUGCCUUAUACAAAUGGGGUUGGUGGAGGGGAUACAAAUGAACCGUUGACGACUAAAACAACUUCACAACAUUCCUACUCGUAUCAUGAACAAAGUCGGCAUUUGACAAAAGAUGGUUGGCAAACAUCCGAGUAUAAAACAAAAACAUUGGAUACACCAGGCAGUUUUCAAACAGAAACGGUUAGCAAUGUUGGAUUAAUAGACGAUCAGGGACGUGAAUGGGAAAUUGAUGACGUUGUUUUGGAGAAAAAUCAAUUUGGAUUGGGUUUUUCAAUUUCUGGUGGUAAAGAUCACAGCACAGGGCCAGAGAUUCGAGUAACUGAUAUUUCGCCUGGAGGAGCAGUUGCUCGCGAUGGACGUAUUCAAGUUGGAGAUAUUAUAUUGAAAGUAAAUACAACAGAAACUGUUAAUGUCCAACAUCAAGUAGCAGUUGAUGCACUGAAAAGUUCUGGAAGUGUUGUUCGUUUGUUAGUCAAACGUUUAAAACCUCCCUUGGCUACAGCAGAAACUUUUCGUUCAUCUCCAAUCGAGCCUCUAUCCAGAAUUUCUCCAGUAAGCCUUUCUGCCUCAAAUUUCAAUAUUGGGACAUCUCCACCAAUUGUUCCAAGUCAUCAACAACCAAUUAUUAGUGAAGCUAUUCGAGAUUUGGAAAGAAAACCGGGGGUGAAAAGAAUGGAAUUAAUUAAGAUGCUCAAUGCUGAUGGUCGCUCUAAAGGUUUAGGAUUUAGUAUUGCUGGAGGUGUUGGAAAUCAACACAUUCCUGGGGAUGAUGGAAUAUUUGUAACACGUAUUAUAGAAGGCUCUCCAGCAUAUUUUGAUGGUCGUUUACAAAAAGGAGAUCAAAUUUUGGCAGUUGAUAAUAUUAUAUUUAAUAAUGUUACACAUCAAUUUGCGGUACAAACUUUGAAAAAUACUGGGGAGAGAGCGAGCCUUCUUUAUAUGAAAAAUCCACAUCCAGAAUUGCCAUUAGAUGGAAGACAAUUGGAUGAAAGUGAUCGAUCUAGAUCUUUACAGACUUUUGAAACUAUUGGUGGUGGUAUAACUUCUCCAACAGCAGCUGAUUCCCAUUCAAUUGGUGGAGGCUUUUCAUCAACCCAACAAUUAAAACAACCACAAUUUGAUGUCCCUCGUUUAGUUCGCUUGCGUAAAUUGGAUACUGGAUUAGGAUUUAAUAUUGUUGGUGGAGAAAAUGAAGAACCAAUUUAUAUUAGCCAUAUACUUCCUGGCGGGGCUGCAGAUUUAAAUGGAAAUAUAAAAAAGGGAGAUGUUCUUUUAAGAGUUAAUGAUGUUGAUUUGUCUCGUGCCACACAUGCUCAAGCUGCUCAAACUCUUAAAGCUAUACCUCUUUAUUCUGAAGUUCAAUUGUUGCUUAAAUACAGACCUAUUGAUUUUCAAAAUUUUGAACAAAAAUUGGAACGUUUAAAAGCAGAAAUGAUUUUAAUGCAACAACAACAACAAUUACAACAGCCAUAUAUUCAACAACAACAGCAACAAACUGAUUUUUAUGUCCGUGCUCUUUUUGAUAAUGAACCUUCUAGAGAUACUGGAUUACCUCACCGUUCAUUAUCUUUCCGUUAUGGUGAUAUUCUUCAUGUAUUAAAUGCAACAGAUGAUGAUUGGUGGACAGCUAGAAGAGUAAUGGAUAAUUUAAGUGGUGAAGAAGGCCCAGAGGGAAUUAUACCUUCAAGAAAAAGAGUAGAAAAACGUGAAAGGCAAAGAAGAAAACAAGUAAAUUUUAAUGCUGGUAGUCAAAGUUUGGGGCGUAACAGCACAACUUCGGGAGUAUCAGCAGCAGGGUUGGGAGGAAUGGAAGGUCGUCGAGGUUCUCGAAGUCAACUAUCCUUUUCAAGAAAAUUUCCUUUUGUUAAAUCAACAGAAAAACUUAAUGAAUACAAUUCUGAUGGGGCUGAAAGUGGGUUUUUAUUUUUUUAAAUUUCCCUGUCGUUUAUAUCCCUAAAUGUCUUGCCGCAUGAUUUAGAAGGAGGGUUGUUGGUUCGGAACUAUAGAACCAAGGGGACUUUUCGGUUCGGUUUCUAAUAUCCGAAGAUUUUCCAAGAACCAACAACUAUAUCCGAGACCUUUUUUAUUACUAAUUUCCUUCCCUUUUUAACCGUAAUUUUGCCUUUAACAAUUCUUUUUUUUUACUUGAAAUCCUUUUUUCUCCUCUUUUCUCUAAUAUUCUAUAUCUAUCUUCCUAGGACUUUUCUUUCUAAGAA